GGGGAAUAUGUACACGAUGGGAAUAUAAGUGGGGUAUAUAUUCCGUGCUCCAACCUUGCUUGACCGUUUACAUAUAUCCUGAGUUUCUAGAGAUUUCAUACUCAGCCUCGCAGACUUCUGUUCUUCAGUUCCUUCGCCUAGAAAAAACGAUAAGCUGCACAACACGAUGAUGAUUGCUUUCACAAGGUUGCAAUUGGCUCUCGCUUUUACUGCUGUAUCUCUAUCGGCGGCGGCGGCACUCUCACAAAGUAGCUUGGAGUCAGAGUCGACAACGAGCGCCCCUCUACUCGUACUCGUCACGGCCACCUCCAUAGCUGUAUCCACUGCGGUACAAACCUCAUUCACCAUCGUGCCAGGUUCAUCUAUUACUUCCACCGAUUUGGUCACAGCUACUUCGCAUCAGAGUGAAGCUUCCAGUUUAGUUAGUGUGGCGACGCCAUCCACGUCCAUUUCGAGUGCCACCAGAUCAAUUAGCACCGUAAUUGCCUCUACUGUCCAAUCUUCAACUGUUUCUCUGUCUGUCGGUUCAGGCGCAGAUAAAGGAGCGGUGCCAGCCUCUUCAGGCUUUGCAGUCACCCUCAGCUCGAGCAUAACAGGUGCUACCGCACCAACUAGUUCUGGUUCCGCGUUAGGCGCAGCAAGUAAUGGUGCAAUCGAAGUCCAUGGCCUUCCACACUCUAGCGCCGUGAUGAUCAUUGUAUGUGUGCUGUGCGGCGCUGUCUUGGGACUGUGAAUGGCCCGACCAAUGGAUAUGGAUCCAUUAUGCGGUAUACAUAAUGAUGUCGAAAGGCUAUCCCGAAAUGAGCGACUAGUGGGUAACGGCACUAGAUUCUAUCUCCUAUUGACCAAGGAUUACACUACCUUUUUCCACUGGCGAUUUCGUUUGCGGGAUGAGUACUUUCCCUUCACAUCUCUAGCUCUUACCUUAUCAUCCUCAUUGCAUUCACUUCGUCUUUCUUUGUUGCUAACGUUUGUAAAGGCUGAAGCAUUACUGUACGCUCAUUUGUUUGACGUUCUCUCCUA